AUGGGAGAGGAAAACCAACCUCAACAAAGAACCCUGUGGAGUGACGCAGAGAGAAAAUGCUUACACCUUCUCCAAUGCAAGACAAAGAGCGUUACCACCCUCCUCCAAAUCCACGCCUUCAUGCUCCAACACUCUCUCCACAAUAACUUCAACCUCCUCACCGCUUUCAUCGCCACCUGUGCCUCCCUCGUCGCGGCCUCCCCCAGGCGCCAUCUCGCGCUCGUCCAACAUGCGCGCCGCUUAUUUGACCUCUCCCGCACCCGCGACACAUUCUUCUGCAACUCCAUGAUCACCACUCACUUCGCCGCUCGCCAGUUCUCCGAGCCCUUCACCCUCUUCCGAGACCUCCGCCGCAAAGCACCACCUUUCACCCCUGAUGGGUACACCUUCACCGCCCUCGUGAAGGGUUGCUCGGCGCGUGUGGCCACGGGGGAGGGUCUACAGCUUCAUGGGGUGGUUUUAAGAAAUGGGGUUUGCUUUGAUUUGUAUGUGGCAACUGCGCUGGUGGAUAUGUACGUGAAGUUUGGGAUUUUGAAUAGUGCGAGGAAGGUUUUUAAUGAAAUGUCUGUGAGAAGCAAGGUUUCAUGGACAGCGAUUAUUGUGGGGUAUGCGAGGUGUGGGGAUAUGGGUGAGGCUAGGAGGCUUUUUGAUGAGAUGGAAGAUCGGGACGUUGCGGCUUUUAACGCAAUGAUUGAUGGGUAUGUGAAGACAGGGUGUAUGGGUUUGGCAAGGGAGUUGUUUGACGAGAUGAGGGAGAGGAAUGUGGUUUCUUGGACUAGUAUGAUUUCUGGGUAUUGUGGUAAUGGUGAUGUUGAGAAUGCUAGGUUGAUGUUUGACCUUAUGCCCGAGAAGAAUUUGUUUACUUGGAAUGCCAUGAUUGGGGGGUAUUGCCAGAAUAGAAGGUCUCAUGAAGCGCUGGAAUUGUUUCGUGAGAUGCAAACGGUGUUGGUGGAGCCAAAUGAGGUAACUAUUGUGUGUGUUCUUCCGGCUGUGUCUUAUUUGGGUGCUUUGGAUUUGGGGAGUUGGAUUCACAGGAUUGCUCAAAAGAAGAAGUUUGAUAGGUCUGCUCGCGUUGGCACUGCUUUGAUUGAUAUGUAUGCAAAAUGUGGUGAAAUCAUGAAAGCGAAAUUGGUUUUUGAGGGGAUGACUGGGAGGGAAACAGCUUCUUGGAAUGCUUUGAUAAAUGGCUUGGCCGUCAAUGGCUGUGCGAAGGAAGCAUUGAAGGUGUUUGCAAGGAUGAUGGAGGAAGGGUUUAGACCGAAUGACAUAACUAUGAUUGGUGUGCUAUCUGCUUGUAACCAUUGUGGUCUGGUGGAGGAAGGAAGAAGAUGGUUCAAAGCAAUGGAGAGAUUUGAAAUUGUGCCACAGAUUGAGCAUUAUGGUUGUAUGGUUGACCUUCUAGGAAGGGCUGGAUGCUUGGAUGAGGCUGAAAAAUUAAUUCAAACCAUGCCUUAUGAUGCUAACGGAAUAAUAUUGAGUUCCUUUCUCUUUGCUUGUGGUUACUUUAAUGAUGUAUUAAGGGCGGAGAGAGUGCUGAAAGAGGUGGUGAAAAUGGAUGAGGAUGUUGCGGGAAACUAUGUGAUGUUGAGAAACAUGUAUGCUACGGAGCAAAGGUGGAGAGAUGUGGAGGAUGUUAAACAAAUGAUGAAGAGAAGAGGAACAAGUAAAGAGGUUGCUUACAGUGUGAUUGAGGUUGAUGGAAGCUUUAGAGAGUUUGUGGCUGGUAAUUACUUGCAUUCACAUCUGGAGGCUAUUGGCUUAACCUUGGGGCAGUUAAGCAAGCACAUGAAAGUUGAAAUAGUCUAUUGA